AUGCGCAUGCGCAGGCGAACUCCAGCACAGCGAGGAUGAUGGCGGAUUCGGGAAGUGAAGAUAUCGCCGUGGUGGGAAACACCGACCUGACGCCUUCCGCGUUAGAAAACAACAUUAAAAACACGAUGGUUGAAAAGGGGGCCAAUCUUUUGAAGAGGGUGGAGAUUAGUGUAGCUGAAGCAGAAAAAAGAACAGGAAAGAAUGCAGUCAGCAUGCAGGAAACCUACACCGUAUACCUAAUUGAAACAAGGCCAGUUGAUGCCUCCUCUGAGGGAACCAAUCCUGCCCCUGACUCUCUGUGGAGGCGCUACAGCGAAUUUGAGCUUCUCAGGAACUAUUUGUUAGUCACCUAUCCCUUCAUAGUUGUCCCUCCUUUGCCUGAGAAACGGGCUGAAUUUGUGUGGCACAAACUAUCUGCAGACAACAUGGAUCCGGACUUUGUGGAAAGGAGAAGGGUGGGGCUAGAGAACUUCCUGCUCCGGGUUGCCUCCCACCCCGUUCUGUCUAAUGACAACAUCUUCUACUCCUUCCUCACUGAGGAACAGUCUUGGAAGGAAGUUGUGCUAGAGACUGGAUUUCAGGCAAAGGCUGAUUCGAGGUUGAAGGCUUUAAACGCUACAUUCAGGGUGAAGAAUCCUGACAAGAGGUUUGCAGAUAUGAAGCACUACGGAGAUGAGCUCCAUGCUGUUAUAUCACAGCUGCUGCGUGUGAGAGCAAGAGUGGCUGAUCGUCUUUAUGGCGUCUACAAAGUACAUGGAAAUUACGGCCGAGUCUUCAGUGAGUGGAGUGCUAUUGAAAAAGAGAUGGGAGAUGGACUGCAGAGUGCAGGACAUCACAUGGAUGGGUAUGCUGCUUCUGUAGAUGACAUCCUGGAGGAGGAGGAACACUAUGCUGACCAGCUAAAGGAAUACCUUUUCUAUACUGAGGCUUUAAGGGCGGUGUGUAGAAAGCAUGAGCUUUGUCAGUUUGAACUGGAGAUGGCCGCCCAGGAUCUGGCCUCCAAGAAACAACAGCGAGAGGAACUGUCUACUGGGACUAUAAGGACCUUCUCUCUCAAGGGGAUGACCAGUAAGCUGUUUGGCCAAGAGACUCCUGAGCAGAGGGAGGCUAAGAUGAAAAUUCUGGAGACUCAGAUUGAGGAAGGAGAGGAGAUUGUGAAAGAGAGGAACACUGAGUGCGAAGAGUUUGUGAAGAAUGCUUGGGUGGAUGUUGAGAGGUUUAAAGAGCAGAAAGACCGUGACCUCAAAGAAGCUCUUAUCAGUUAUGCCAUUAUGCAAAUCAGCAUGUGUAAAAAGGGAAUUCAAGUGUGGAAUAACGCUAAAGAGUGCUUCAGCAAGAUGUGAGUUGUGCUUCAAGCCAAGUUUCAGCACAGAGCCAAACAGCUGUACAAACUUCUCAGGGUAAGAGUGCUGAUAUCGGAUCAGUUUUUAUCUUCCAUCUUCCAAUGAAUACAAGUGGAUGGACCGAACUGAUUCAAAAUCAGCACUCUUGCAGAGGCACUUGGUAUGCGUGAGCCCUAAUCACAAUCAUGGGGGUGCGUCAGAUUAUUAUUUUUUUUUUUUGCUGCAUCAGUUAACCAUAAAAUUUGUUAUAUUUUGAAAAUCUUAAAACAUGAAUAGAAGGGAUAAAUGAUUAUUAUAUUUAUUGAAAAUAAUGUUUACAGCUCUCAUGUUUCCAUACUGAGUAUUGACUCAUUUAAUAUUCAGAAAUCUUGUGCAAGGAAUUAUGUUCUUGUCAGUAAUAAGAUUGAUGUAAAUUAUUUAUGCCAGUCAUAGACAAUGGACUGAUGGAGAGUUUGCUGAACUUACAAUAUCAUAACUUUAAAAAAAAAACUAAUUUCAGUUAUUCAUGUUAAAAUCUCUCUUAGUGUAUGUUUUAUAUAUCUUAAGAAAAAAACCCAGCAGUACAGUUGUGUCAAAUAUUUGCCGUAAAAGAGAUUCAUUUGUGGCAGCCAAUUGGUACUGGAAAGCUGCGAAACAGCUUUGCAUCCUAAUUGAAAGAUUAAGGAGGCAUAAUUCUGUAUAGCAGCUCUCUAAUAAUAUUCAAUUAUAUUACUUUUGAAAAUAUGGAAUGUCUCCUUUCUAUUGAAACAUUAAAGUAUAAACCAAGUUUUUUAUUACAUGUACCAGAGACAACAAGAGGUCACAUUCCUCUUUGAAAGUAAAGCAAGCAGGCUUAUUGAUGUUUGGUAGAGUUGUUCUCACAUGGCCUCCAGCUGUAAUCUCAGCCCUGAUGUUUAUCCUAACAUACUGUACACUCAUCAUUAGCGCUGUCUGCCUGCUGCACUCUUAAACACAAACUGUUUAUAACUGCUCACCCACACCCUUUUUAUGCUUCAGUUAAUAGGAAAUAUGCAUGUCUGCUGUUUAUGCCUUAUCCAAAACCUUAUGUUGCAUUUUUCUUUGUGGCAGCAGUUUCCCCCUAUGAACGCCAGGUUUGUCAUUUGGGAUGAAGUGUUCGUCAGUGUUUUAAUAUUAAUCUGGCUGAAGGAACAGGAAGCUCAUGCAGGAAGAGGGGGAUAUAAUAAUUUCCUCAUUUAACAGUUGUGUGUGUGUGUGUGUGUGUUUGUGUAAGUGUGUAUAUAUAUAUGAGCCUGUCAAGCUCCAGAUCCAGACCCAUUUUAUAAUCAAAUAAUGUUGAGAUGAUAGUUUUUUCACUACAAAUAUGGGAAAUAUUGGUAGUAUAAAUUUCUGUUAAAAAAUUUAUUGUGCAUACACUAAUAAACUUGGAAUUUUCUAAUAUUUGA